AUGGGAGGUUGUACAAGCAAGCCAAAAGUGUUGAAGGAUGAUGGGGUUGAGGCACCUGAGCCAGCACCUGAGAAGGUGAGUGUGGAGGAGAAGGGGACUCUCGCCGCGGAGCUGGCACCUCAACAGGAACCCGAAAAGGCGGCGGAAGAGGACAAGGAGGUUGUGGCUGAGGCUCCAGAGCCGGUGGCAUCCGAAAAGGUAGAAAAGGAGGAGGAGGAGGCUCUCAAUGCGGUGGUUGAUGGAGUUGAAAAUAAGAAUGGAGAAGUAAAAGAUUCCGAAGAUCAAAAGGUAAAAUCUGAAGAAGAGGUAAACUCCAAAGAAGAUGACAAGGUAGAAUCUGGAGAAGUAAACUCUAAAGAAGAUGAAAAGGUAAAAUCUGUAGAAGAGGAAAACUCUACAGAAGAUGAAAAGGUGAAAUCUGAAGUGGAAGUUACUGCUGGUCCUGAAAAGCUUGAAAAAGAAGAGGUAAAACCAGCAACGGAGGCCGAAAGCCAUGAAAGAUUGGACAACAAACUAGAAGAGAAAACUGAAACUUCUGAAGAGAAGAAAAAAGAGGAAGCAAAACCAGAGGCUGACAAUGUUCCAAUAAUAUCAUUCUUCACAUCAUUUAUGGGUCAGAAACACUAA